UUUCGCACUUUGCAUAUUUUUUACUCUUCACUUUGUAGUUUAGUUCAAGCCUUUUCAGCUUUUUAUUCUUGUCUCCUGGAAAAUUCUCCAAAAGCCCAACUCAACGCUAACUUGUUCCUUUCCCUGUUUUUCUCUUCUCUGCUUCUGGGUUAGCACUAAUUUGGCCCUGAAUGCCAUCUCAGUGGUUCCUGUAUGGUUUUUGGUGUUAGCACACUACCUGCAAGAAAUAUUGCCUGAGAAGAAGAUGCAGCUAUAUCAUCAUCCGUUGGAUUUGGACAGCCAGAGGGUGAGAAUUUCAUUGGAGGAGGAGGGUGUGGAUUAUACAUCUCACCAUGUCAAUCCCAUUACUGGCAAGAACUUGGAUUCUUCUUUCUUCAAGAUGAAUCGCCGUGGAAGGGUCCCGGUUUUCCAAAAUGGUUCUCAUAUCAUUUACAACACUAUUGAUAUAAUCCAGUACAUCGAAAGAAUUGCUGUGGUUUCCUCAGGGGCUGACAGUAUCAGUACCAGUAACAGGGAAGUGAUUGAAUGGAUGCAGAGGAUACAAGACUGGGACCCCAAGUUUUUCACACUUGCACAUAUACCUGAGAAAUACCGUGUUUAUGUUUCCAAGUUCAUAAGGCAAGUGGUGAUUGCUCGCAUGUCUGAGUCACCUGAAUUAGCAGGAGAUUACCAUAGGAAGUUGAGAGAAGCCUAUGAGACCGAAGAGAAAUUGAAAGAAGCAGACGUUUUGAGAAGGAGCAAAGAGCAUUUGGUUAGAUUGCUUGAUGAGGUGGAGAGGCAACUGUGUGAAACACCUUUUUUGGCAGGUCAAGAUUUUACCAUGGCUGAUGUGAUGCUCAUUCCAGUAUUAGCUCGUUUAAAACUCUUGGAUUUAGAGAAUGACUACAUAACUGGAAGGCCAAACAUUGCUGAGUAUUGGCUUUUGGUUCAGCAAAGGCCUAGUUAUAAAAGGGUGAUUGGUAAGUACUUCAAUGGUUGGAGAAAGCACAAAACACUCUUGAAAACAUGGUUCUUGGUUCGUAUUCGAAGUUUGCUGAAGAGGUACUAGUGCAACAGGUACUAGUGCAACACUUGUAUAUCUGUCAGGAUUUCCAAAAGGGGGUUGAACAAAUCAACAUAGGAGAUAAUCAUUCUGUGUAUGGUGGGUCAAGGGAACUUAUAUCAGACAUUGUACUUUAUUUGUUCUACCUUUUUCUUUCAACACUUUUUUCUUGAUGCUGGAGGAAGAUCUGCAGUCAAAGUGGCCAGCAUAAAAACAUCUUUUGUCUGAGUAUUGAAACAAUUCAUUCACUGCAAUAUUCAUCCAUUGAAAGAAUAAUGUAAGGGAAAAAUUGUUCAUACUGACACUGGAAUCACAGGGUUGCUGCUGGUUGUAUGUACAUUAAUUCUGAUACUUGUAAAUGUAAUCAAAGAAACAUAUAUAGUGUAAUGGUAUAUAUACAUUUUCUUCUUUUGUGAACAGCAUGUUGAACUACAAGUUGCAGUUUGAACAAUGGACUAGAGACACUACAUCAUCUA